AGGCAGGAAACUUCUCUUAAACUGCAGAAAAUCAAUUCAAAAUUGUCUUCUAAAAUCAACAUGGGUCUAUAUAUAUAUAUAACAUCAUUUGGUCACACUUCUAAGCAUAGAAAAACAAAGCUAAACAAAGCUUAUCAUUUCUUCAUCAGUCACUGUUUUUCUUCUUUCUGUUAGCACGAAGUCUUAAUCCAUCAAUUGCUCAAAUGGGUAGUUUGGGUCAUCAGCUGCACAUUUUUUUCUUUCCCUUCAUGGCUCAUGGCCAUAUGAUUCCAACAGUAGAUAUGGCCAAGCUAUUUGCUUCGCGAGGCCUAAAGACUACUAUUAUCACCACUCCUCUCAAUUCACUUCUCUUCUCCAAAACAAUCGAAAGAAACAAAAAUUUCGGUAUAAAUGUUGAUCUUCGUAUCCUGAAGUUCCCUUCAGUGGAGGCUGGACUACCAGAAGGAUGUGAAAACGUGGAUUCCAUCACUCCCCAUGAGAAUGGUGGAAUUCACUUGAUCAAAAAUUUUUUGCAGGCCACAUCCAUGCUCCAAGAACCUCUUGAAAAGCUCCUCCAAGAAUGCCACCCCGAUUGCCUUGUUGCUGAUAUGUUCUUUCCGUGGGCUACUGAUGCAGCUGCCAAAUUUGGAAUCCCAAGAUUAGUGUUUCAUGGAACUAGUUUCUUUUCCUUAUGCACCCGAGAUUGUAUCAACCAAUACCAGCCACACAAGAAAGUCUCCUCAGAUUCAGAACCCUUUCUUGUGCCUUAUCUUCCUGGCGAGAUAAAGUUGACAAGAAAGCAACUCCCGGAAACUGAGAGACAAGAGGAUGAAACUGACCUUACCAAGUUGGUGAAAGCAUCCAUAGAAUCAGAAUCAAAGAGUUUUGGGGUUCUUGUCAACAGUUUCUAUGAGCUAGAACCUGCUUAUGCUGAUUAUUACAGGAAGGUCUUGGGCAGAAGGGCAUGGCAUAUUGGCCCAGUUUCGCUAUGCAACAGGGGAAUUGAAGAUAAAGCACAAAGAGGAAAAGAAUCGUCGAUUGGUGAGCAUGAGUGUUCGAAAUGGCUUGAUUCCAAGAAACCCAAUUCUGUUAUUUACAUAUGUUUUGGAAGUGUGGCCAACUUCACUGCCUCUCAGCUUAUGGAGAUUGCAAUAGCUCUUGAAGCUUCCAGGCAGCAAUUCAUUUGGGUAGUGAGGAGAGAGAAGAACAAUCAAGAAGAUGAAGAACAGUGGUUACCUGAAGGAUUUGAGGAAAGAAUGGAAGGGAAGGGUCUCAUUAUAAGAGGAUGGGCACCACAAGUGUUGAUUCUUGAUCAUGAGGCCAUUGGAGGAUUUGUGACACAUUGCGGAUGGAAUUCUACACUUGAAGGUAUAACUGCAGGAAAGCCAAUGGUGACAUGGCCUGUAUCUGCUGAGCAAUUUUACAAUGAGAAGUUGGUGAUAGAGGUUUUGAAGAUUGGGAUUGGUGUUGGCGCUAAGGAAUGGGUUAAAUGGCAUGGAGAUCAUGUUGAAAGCAAAGCUAUAGAGAAAGCAAUCACUCGAAUUAUGGUGGGUCAAGAAGCAGAGGAAAUGAGAAGCAGAUCAAAGAAGUUAGGAGCGAUGGCAAGACAAGCUGUUGAAGAAGGUGGAUCCUCUUACUCUGAUUUCAACGCUUUGGUUGAAGAGCUGAGCGGGCGUCGUACGUGAAAAAACAUGGGGACAAUUUGUAAGUUCUUAGGCAGACUGAGUUUGUAAGUCUGCUAUAGAUUAGCGUAAUAAAAAUUUGUCAUGACAUGCAAACUCUGAUGUAUUAUGCACCAUUUCAUAUUACGAAGGAAAAUUUCAAGUGUUCUCAA